AUGGUUCCCCGCACCGCUCUACUCACCACGUCAACCAAUCGGAUCAAAUUAGCAGCUACAUAUAAUCCAACUUCUACCACGCUAUAUAUCGACCAAAUUUACAACGAUAUAAGAGAAUUAGCUCAUGGUGGAUUUGGAACUGUGUACAAAGCAACUCUUCGGACGACAGGAAAAAAGUACGCCAUUAAAAAGUUCAUGGAGGACAAAUCAGCAUUAGAUAAAUGGAUGGAGGUGAAGAAUAAUGAGAAGGUGGGUGACCACCUUUAUUGUACUCAUUAUUUUGGCGCAUGGAAGCAAAUGAAGGACAUAUAUAUGUGCCUUCAAUUGUCCCAGAUGAGUCUGCACGAUUUCGUGAAGGACAACCCAUUUCAGGAAAUGUUGUUAUGGGAUGUCCUCCAUGAUGUAGGCCAAGCCCUCCAUUAUCUACAUGUAGACAAAAAAUACGUGCAUCAUGAUAUUAAAUCCAAGAAUAUUCUGAUCCACGGAAAUUUUUUCAAACUGGCCGAUUUUGGCUUGAUGGAGGACUUUAGUAAGAUGUAA